AAGAAAAUGGCAGAUAACGCACCAGCUCCGGCUAAGAGCCCUAAGAAGAAGGCAGCAGCAAAGCCUAAGAAGCAAACAGAGCACCCUAAGUAUCUCGACAUGGUUCUGGAUGCCAUCAAAAAUCUGAAAGAGAGGAAGGGAUCCUCCCGCCAGGCCAUCCUAAAGUACGUUAUGAGCAAAUACAAGGUGGGCAACGACGCUACAAAAGUCAACUCUCGUGUCAAAGCGGCCCUAAGGAAAGGCGUGACGAGCAAGGCGUUGAAGCAGAGCAAGGGGGUAGGUGCCCAAGGCAGAUUUAGCGUGGGAGAGAAGAAAGCCGUCGUGAAAAAACCAAAAGCCGCCAAAUCAAAGACCGCCAAGAAGCCUGCAGCAAAGAAACCCAAAGCAGCCAAGAAAACAGCAGGAGAAAAGGCAAAGAAAGUCAAGAAAUCGCCAAAGAAAGCAAAGACAGCCAAGCCCAAGACUGCCAAACCAAAGACAGUUAAAAAGUCACCAAAGAAAGCCAAGGCAGCCAAACCCAAAAAGGCCAAGACUCCAAAGAAGGCAGCCAAACCCAAGAAGGCAAAAACACCCAAAAAGGCAGCAGCCAAGAAAUAA